UGGCGGCGCUGCCCGGCGCGGCCCCUCGGCGCGCGCUUUGUUCGGAGCCGGGCGGGGGUGGCCGGCGCGGGCGGGGAAGGGGUCCGUGCACGCGGGCGAGGGAGGUUGCGUAAUCCCGGCGAGGGGCGGCGAGGACCCCCGAGGACCCCCCGCCUGCCCCUCCCUGGGGCGGGUGCCCCCGGGGUGCUGCCCCAGCAGCGGGGCGCGCGGGGCGCGCGGGGCGCCCCACCUCCGGUGACCUUGGGCGCGCCCGGCUGCUGGCGCUGCCACGGCUCGGGGGGCUGCGGACCCGGCCCCCCUCGGGUGGUGUCGUGACCGACGGUGCGCCCUCGGCGUUGCAGAGGGUGGUGGUGAGGAACGUCAGUGCUUGUGAUUUCAUGGAGUUUUGUUGAACUUGCAAAGGAAACAUUUGGAUAGUGGAUUAAUGAGAAAACUGAAAUUCUUUUUGGAAGUUUCAAAUUGGAGAAUAUUGAAUUUUCACCCUAGUCCGGCAGCUCUGCUGCUCACUUAAAUGCAGAUGAAUGAAGACCCCAUUCGGAAAGACACCUGGCCAGCGGUCCAGAGCUGAUGCAGGCCAUGCUGGAGUGUCUGCAAACAUGAUGAAGAAGCGGACGUCCCACAAAAAACACCGGAGCAGCGUGGGGCCCAGCAAACCUGUUUCCCAGCCCCGUCGGAACAUCGUAGGAUGCAGGAUUCAGCAUGGGUGGAAAGAAGGCAAUGGCCCUGUCACCCAGUGGAAGGGAACUGUGCUGGACCAGGUGCCCGUGAAUCCUUCUUUGUAUCUUAUAAAAUACGAUGGAUUUGACUGUGUUUAUGGACUAGAGCUUAAUAAAGAUGAGAGAGUUUCUGCACUCGAAGUCCUCCCCGAUAGAGUUGCCACCUCUCGAAUCAGUGACGCACACUUAGCAGACACGAUGAUAGGCAAAGCGGUGGAGCACAUGUUUGAGACCGAGGACGGCUCUAAGGAUGAGUGGAGGGGGAUGGUCCUAGCGCGGGCACCAGUCAUGAACACGUGGUUUUACAUCACCUAUGAGAAAGACCCUGUCUUGUACAUGUACCAGCUCCUGGACGAUUACAAAGAAGGCGACCUUCGCAUCAUGCCUGAUUCCAAUGAUUCCCCGCCAGCGGAACGGGAACCAGGAGAAGUUGUGGACAGCCUGGUAGGCAAACAAGUGGAAUAUGCCAAAGAAGAUGGCUCCAAAAGGACUGGCAUGGUCAUUCACCAAGUAGAGGCCAAACCAUCCGUCUAUUUCAUCAAGUUUGAUGAUGAUUUCCAUAUUUAUGUCUACGAUUUGGUGAAAACAUCCUAGAUGUCAUCAUGAACUCUGCCAAAUUUGUGGAACUAUUAAAUGUAUAAUUUGUAGACAUAAAGACUUGAUUGCUUUCCAGUUUAAUGAAAGCUUAAAUGUCCCUGCGAACCCACAAUCUCUGCCAGCAGAACUGGUUUUGUUCUGAAUAGUACAGAUUGAUGUGAAGACCAAGUUUUUGUGUAAGGAAAACUCCUCCCUCUUAGAAGAAAUCCGUGUGGAGGGGAGUUACAGGCAAGUUUGGUGAAAGUUAAGCUAGCAUCAUAGUCAUUUAAACCCGUACUUGAUCUCAGCCAUUUCCUCUUUAAUGCUCUUUUUCUGCUGCCACAAUGCAAGUAUAGUUUGGUAUUUUUGUUAUUGCCUUUUUUGAGAUAUAUGUAUCUAUAUCUACUUGUCUAUACCUUACAUCUGUGUGCAUACGUAUAUAAUAUAUAUACACACACAGAGAUACAAGUGUACACACACACCAUUGGCAGUCCUUUCUCUGUGGAUUGGGAUGGGGGUGAUACAGUUUUCUCCAGUUUAACAGGAGUGCUUAACCCAAGUCAGUCAUAUUUAUGAUAUUACCGUUCUUUAUUUAAAAUUAAAUUUGGGCACAGGAAGCACAUGAGAAGAUGCAGCUUAUUUUGAAGGAAGUUCAGAGCGCCUUUUCCAUCUGGAGAUUUGAAGCAGUUACGUCCAAAGGAGCUCUGUGUGAACAGUUAGUGACCCACCUUAGAAUUCACAAACUGCUGAGAAAGCUGGGUAAAAGGCUGCCUUUAGUUGUAAACCUUAUACAUUUUUGUUUACAUUUUAAUCAUAAGUACUCUUCAUUGGGAAAGCCCAGGUCCUUGGUCCACAUAGUAGAAUUAUAACGCAGGUGUGUUUCGGACAGCACAUGUGGUAUGUUAUUUGUAUAAAUAAGAAAUUUGGGAUUUAGGUCAUGGAUUGGAAAGGCAACAUCCAUCAGUGGCUUGUGUGUAUGUGUUAAGUUUAUGGGAGAACACAGUACUUUUAUAUUGGAAAUGUAAGUUUUUAAAAUGGCUUUGCCUUGUAACAAGUUCUGGGACUUUUUAAUUUUUGUCACUAUUAUUGCUGAUAUUACUAUGGUCAGAGGUCUCCCCCCCACCCCCCAGUUUUCCUCACAAAGAAUGAUGGACAAAUAACAGCUUACUCUCAA